AUGAGAUAUGACUACACAGCUAUCAGAGCAGCUAAAAUAAAAGAUGACAGCACCAAAAGCUGGUGUGAAUGUGGGGAAACUGAAUCACUCACGCAGUGCUGGGGAAGCCCUUCUGUUGAGGUGGACGCCCACAGUGAAAAUGCUACUUCACCUGAGGGCGCCGGUCAUACCCCGCUGAUCCACAGCCCCGUAGAACUCAAAAGAGGCUGCAGGAAGGAGAAGCGGCACCUCUUCUUGUUCAGCGACUUGCUGCUUAUAACUAAUACCAAUUACCAAAAAACCCUAAAGAUAGAAAAUGAAAUACCAUUGAACACCAUAUGGACUGCCAACUGUUCGGACGAAGUGGGGGAAGCCAACACCUGUGCCAGCAGGUCCUUUGUCUUGGGCUGGCCCACGGUGGCCUUCGUGGCCACCUUCAGUUCUUCAGAACUAAAGGAAAAAUGGCACUCUUCCCUUCAAAGGUACAUCAAUCUAGCCAAAGAGAAGGACCAGCCAAAAAGCAUUCCCCUCAAAAUCUUCACUGAGGACAUUAAGAACUGUGUCUGUUCUGUAACUGUAACAGUAACAAAUUCAGACACAGUGAAUGACACUAUCAACAAGUCACUACCAAUGCUAGGAAUAACUGGCUCUGAGAAAGAUUACCAGCUGUGGAUCAGUUCUGGCAAGGAAGAGGCCCCAUGCCCACUCACUGGGCAUGAACAUCCCUAUGGAAUUAAAAUGAGCCAUCUUCCAGCUACUGUGCUCCUGCCACAGGGACCAGAGGACUCCGCCUCUCCUUCCACCCUCCAGGAGUUCCCAGAGAUGCCAGGCCAGUUCAUCUUGAAGCCCAGGCACCCAGCCAGGAACCAGCAGGGGAGAGAUUCAGGCCAGAAGUCAGCUAAAAUGAAUUCUCUGGGCAACUGGGCCUCUUGGCAGGGCUCCGGCACCGGGGGGGACCUCCGGGACACACCUCCACCGUCCGCAAAGCCGGGACAGCUCUUCGGCGUUGGCCUCCAGAAUGUGUGUGACAACGACAAUCUGCCCGCCUCCAUUCUGGAUAUGCUUCUCCUCAUCAAUCAAAAAGGGCCGCUCACAGAAGGCAUCUUCAGAAAAUCGGCCAAUAUAAAAUCAUGCAGAGAGCUAAAGCAGAAACUGAAUUCUGGGGACAAAGUUUAUGUGCAAGCCGAAUCUGUUCUUGUGGUGGCCUCUGUCUUAAAGGAGUUUCUUCGAAGUAUCCCCGGAAGUAUAUUUACAUCCAAUCUCUAUGAUAAGUGGCUUGGUGUAACUGAUCAAGGGAACGAGCAGGAGAGACUCACUGCCGUGCAGAGGCUUUUAGACCAGCUUCCGACAGCCAACCUGGUGCUCUUGAGAUAUCUGUUUGGAGUAUUACACAAUAUCCAGAGCCAAUCAUCACACAACAAGAUGACCUCUUAUAUCUUAUCGACGUGUAUAGCCCCGAGCCUUCUUUGUUCGCCUAAUGCCUACAACUCAGAAAUAGAAGAUGACAUCAUAAGACAGGUUUCUCUGGUACAAUUCCUCCUCGAGAACUGCCUGAAGAUAUUUGGAGAAAACAUCCCUUCCCUCUUGGGGGAGAGCUCCACGAGUUGUGAUCGCAGCCAGGAGGCCACGGAGAGCAGGACUGAUUUGAUUGACUUUGGCUGGCUCACAGCUCGGGGAGGGUUUCACACUGUCGUGAGACCAAAGAAACAAGAAGUCAACGUCUCUGACUUCAAGAAGUUGCUAGUGCAGAUCAUAAUAGCUUUGGAGACAUCAUGGGACGAUACAGUGUUUGGGAACUUUUUAAAACCAAACUUCAAACGGGACCCUUAUCUGUAUAAUAGACAUUCAGGCCAGAAGUCAGCUAAAAUGAAUUCUCUGGGCAACUGGGCCUCUUGGCAGGGCUCCGGCACCGGGGGGGACCUCCGGGACACACCUCCACCGUCCGCAAAGCCGGGACAGCUCUUCGGCGUUGGCCUCCAGAAUGUGUGUGACAACGACAAUCUGCCCGCCUCCAUUCUGGAUAUGCUUCUCCUCAUCAAUCAAAAAGGGCCGCUCACAGAAGGCAUCUUCAGAAAAUCGGCCAAUAUAAAAUCAUGCAGAGAGCUAAAGCAGAAACUGAAUUCUGGGGACAAAGUUUAUGUGCAAGCCGAAUCUGUUCUUGUGGUGGCCUCUGUCUUAAAGUCGGAGCAAAUCCCCAGCACCUGCUGCUGGGUGUGCAAGUCAGCGGGGAGGCGGAGCCAAGCACCACGUGGGUCACAGUUUGGGGAGCUGUGA